UGAGCGCAGGCGGCGGGCUCUCGCUCCUCUUUUACCGCCAUCAGAGCGGAGUCGUUUUCCUCCUGCCACUCUCGGACCGACUCACUGCGCAGCGCCCGUCUCCCCAGCACUCGCCGCCAGCCACAGAGCUACGCAUCGCCUGAAACUCAGCUGAGAUGGCAGACAUUGACAACAAAGACCAAGCUGAGAUGGACCCGGCCGAUAUGGAAGACGUGGAGGAAGUGGAAGAGGAGGAGACGGUAGAAAAUUCCAAAAGCAAAGCUCGUCAGCUGACAGAGCAGCUUAUGCAGAAUCCACAGAUCCUGGCUGCGCUACAGGAGGGGCUUGACGGCCUGAACGGUUCACCAUCAGGGUACAUUGAGAGUUUACCAAAGGUUGUGAAGCGGCGCAUCAACGCCCUCAAGAACCUGCAGGUCAAGUGCGCCCACAUUGAGGCCAAGUUCUACGAGGAGGUCCAUGAGCUGGAGAGAAAGUACGCCGCCCUUUACCAGCCGCUCUUUGACAAAAGGAGUGACAUCGUCAAAGCCGUGUACGAGCCCACAGAUGAGGAAUGCGAGUGGAAAGCAGAUGAGGAGGAAGAGCUGACAGUAAGUAAGCAGGAUGAGAUGAAGGAGAAGGCGAAGCUCGACGAGGAGAAGAAGGACGAGGAGAAGGAGGACCCCAAAGGCAUCCCGGAGUUCUGGUUGACGGUGUUCAAAAACGUGGACCUGCUCAGCGACAUGCUGCAGGAACAUGACGAGCCGAUUCUCAAACAUUUACAAGAUAUCAAAGUGAAAUUCUCAGACCCGGGCCAACCCAUGAGCUUCGGGUUAGAGUUCCACUUUGAGCCCAACGACUUCUUCACAAACACAGUGUUGACGAAAACCUACAAAAUGAGGUCGGAGCCCGACGAGAGCGACCCCUUCUCCUUUGACGGACCCGAGAUCAUCUCAUGCACGGGCUCCACGAUCGAAUGGACAAAGGGCAAGAACGUCACGUUGAAAACGAUCAAGAAGAAGCAGAAGCACAAGGGCCGCGGCACCGUCAGGACAAUCACCAAAACGGUCCCCAAUGACUCCUUUUUCAAUUUCUUCACGCCACCAGAGGUCCCUGAAAACGGAGAGUUGGAUGAGGACUCCGAGGCGGUCUUGGCAGCCGACUUUGAGAUUGGCCACUUCAUCCGUGAGCGCAUCGUUCCCCGGGCGGUGUUGUACUUCACGGGAGAGGCCAUCGAAGAUGACGACGACGACUACGAUGAAGAGGGGGAGGAGGCUGACGACGAGGAAGGCGAGGAGGAAGCCGACGAGGAGAAUGACCCCGACUACGAUCCCAAGGUUUAAGUGGUGACAGUAGAAAAAUAACCCUGUCCCGAAGGACACGGCCUCCCCAGCUGAGUGCAAGCCUCAGUGAAGUGUGGCCUCGCUGCCUCCAGGAUCCAACUGCACUGUUAACAACUUGAUUUAAAAAAAAAAAACAACAACAAACAAACAGGGGAAAACGUACAUAUAUAAAUAUAUAUAUUAUAAAAAAACAAAACAAAAAACUAGUAACUUACCGCCUUAUAAUGUUUUUGUAUUUUUCUUGGUAGACAAUUUGAAGGUUUCAAGGUUUUGGUUACAAAAGAACCUUAAUAAAAACACGGUAAUAAUACUUUGGGCCGUGUGGCUCGUUAUAUAGUAUUUUACUAGACCUGUUUUUUUCUUCUGUACAAUAGAAAGGACAAAAAAAAAACAAGUUUAAAAAAAAAAGCAUGAUCUUCACUACUAAACUAGUUCUUGUGAAGUCUUUUUGUGGUAUUUGCUCUUAGACAACAGCUGUGAUUGAGACCGGAUCAAACUCAUUCCACCCCCCUUUUAUCUUUUUUCUCGGUGGGCCUUUAUACUGAGCUUCAGCUGUAGAGUCCAUAGUCCUGUACCAAAACAUUCCAGUAAACAACACGAUCGGGGGUCCAUUGGUGAAACACUCAAGGAAUUGAACAAAAACCAGGGUAUGAAACAAACUACCACAAGGGUCCACCAUUUUGUGCUUCAGACUCUAUUUUGUGAUCCCACCCCCCUCCCUCACCACUUUGCGGGCAUACUUGGUCAUCUUGAUUGACACUCCGUAGCACACUAGCGUCUCACUUUCCUCCUGUAUCUCUGGUUACUGACAACAAAACUCCUGUUUAUCACUGUGAAUGAAAACGAGGGAAUGUGUGACAAGGCCCCCCCCCUGGCCCCCUCCAUCCCCACCUUUUUGGGUGUACCGCUAAAAGGCCACAGGAGCGAUGUUCAAAAUCAGAAGGGCAACUAUUUCAGUUGCUAAGAUGGCUAUUUUUGCCAGGACAUCGGCUGUUGUCUCGGCAAAUCGCUAUGCGGCAAAAAAAAAAAAAAAUACUGAUGUACUCAAUUAGUGUAUGUGUAUGUUCAUGAAUAAAUCGGUUACACAUGACUUGUCCCAA